AUGACCUCGCUUGUGAACGAAGGUGAUGAGCUUGACAUACUUGAAGCUAAUAGGGAACCCCUUUCAUAUGACGAACUCAUCCAGUUACAAGCAGAACCAGCAGUUGAUGAAGAGACAGAGCCUGUUGUAUCGAAACAGCUAACAUUAAACAAUUUGUCGAAAGCUUUUUCCUAUAUCGAACAAGGUAUAAACAUCCUCCUUGCAAACGACCCUGACGACGAACGUAGCACUAAAGUUUCUCGAGAAGUUAACUCUGUCAUAAGCUGCUAUAAAUCACUGAAAAACGAAAUAGACAAGAAGGCAAGACAAACAACGUUGGACAAUAUCUUUGUGUAG